CCUGCACCGUCAUCUCAUCGCCCGUCUCCAUCGCUCGCCCAGCAACUCCUCAUCCGCCGCCGGAACUCCCGCCGGAACCCACUGCACCGAUGGCAAAGCCCUCGCUCUUGACCUUUAUCGGCUUCCACGCGCUCUAUGUCGUCAACAUCAUCGUCACGAUUUUCCUGUUGACUACGAGAGACACCACUUCGUGCACAACCUUCAUUCCGACCUUCCUGAAGGUCAAGGCCUCGCUCGAUAUCGUCGUUUUUCUGUACCGCCUCACCACCUUCAUCAACGAGUCGUUCUACCAGAAUCCCCUCAUCGCCAACUGGGUAUCGGUCAUUAGCUUUUUCCAUGCCACUGCCGAGCUCUCCAACUUCAUCUCUGGCCAGAUAGCCACCUUCUCCGGCAGCUUCUGCGACGACAUCCUGUGGAAGUGGGCUCUGUACCUGAUCGUCAUCAAGUACAUAUUCUGGGUUUACUGCGUUAUCUACCUCAUUCGUCGCGUCCAUGGGUAUCUCUGGCUCUCCCGAGAAGAGCGCAAAUGGUCCGAGGCCUUCAAGGGGCUGACCACACUGGAACUUUCUCGGCUGCCGACUUUCACCUUCGGUGGCGAGCCUUCCGAGAACGAGUUACUCUCGGAUUCUCAGGGCACCAAGGAUGUCAAGGAUGCCAAGGAUGCCAAGGACGCCAAGGAAUCUGGAAGCGGUGCCUCCACGUCCGAGCCGGUACCUAGCGGCUCAGUCGCCAUCACCAUAUCGCCCUCCCAGUUUUCAAGCGAUGAGUGCUGCAGCAUCUGCCUGGAUGACUAUGACCAGGGCGAAAAACUGCGAGUACUGGCCUGCGGCCACCGCUUCCACCGCCAAUGCAUCGACGAGUGGCUCGUCGGCCCUGACGAUGCCAAAUCAGCCACCGGAGAUGCCUCAAAUGCUUCGGGCCCAUCGUUAGCUUCGCCCUCGCAAGCCUCCAACGGCCGUGAGCCCUCGACAUCCACCUCAAACACAAGCUCGUCCGAGGGCAAGGCCGGACAUCGCACCUGUCCGAUGUGCAAGCAGCAGGCACUCCGGCUCCAGGACCGCGACCCUCGUGUUCAUGAAGCUGCCCGCAAGUUGGCCAAAAUGGCUCUGAGCAAGGCCCGCCAGGGCGAGACCGACAUUGCUCGCAUCAUGAUCAAGAGACUGGACGAGCUCGUCCCGGAGCUGUUAGCGAGCAACGCCGCAAAGACCAAACCACCUCUGGCCGGGUCGAGCACGGCUCCUGCUCCCCCGAGCGGGAGCUCCUCUGCCUCCACCAACGAGGGUACUGGCGAAGCAUCGGCUGCGCUACAGCAGACCGAGUCGCUUCUGAAGCAAUACUACAAGAUCUCGGGCACAGCGUCAGCGCCAGACUCCAACUCGAGCUCGACGCAGCAGUCCUCGUCGUCGGCUCGGUAGUCCGGGGCCGGCACCAGCCCGGCAGGCCAGCUUUCGAAGCAAGAGCCGUUUUGUGCCGGGCGAUAUGUCGCACUCCCCCCUCCAUCAAGUUCACGGGCAACACCGCCCUCUCCCUCCAAAACCGGUUGGUCGGCAACGCUCGCCCUUCUUUGCGUGCAGGCGAGUCGUGCUGCUUCCCUAUACCGAUUGUAUAGCGUCACCAUGUUACCUAAAUGACGGCAAUGUCAUGAGCGGUUGUGAAUAUAGCGUCUGCGAAAAAAUGAACCAGAGCAUGCUGUCGAC